GGCCGCCGCGCGCACGAGCUGCGCCUGCGGGCCCUGCUGGAGCAGGGAAAAUGUCCUGAAGAUGGAUGGGAUGAAAGCACCAUUGAACUGUUUCUUCAUGAACUUGCUAUAAUGGACAGCAAUAACUUUCUGGGCAACUGUGGUGUGGGUGAGAGGGAAGGAAGAGUGGCAUCAGGACUCGUUGCCCGAAGGCAUUACAGGUUGAUCCAUGGAAUCGGAAGGUCAGGUGAUAUUUCUGCAGUCCAGCCUAAAGCUGCAGGGUCUAGCCUUUUGAACAAACUUACUAAUUCAGUAAUUCUGGAUAUUAUAAAGCAGGCUGGUGUCCGGACAGUGACCAAUUGCUUUGUGGUUCCUAUGGCAACCGGCAUGAGUCUAACUCUGUGUUUUUUAACAUUGCGGCACAAGAGACCAAAGGCAAAAUACAUUAUCUGGCCCCGUAUAGACCAGAAAUCUUGCUUUAAAUCAAUGAUAACUGCAGGCUUUGAGCCUGUGGUGAUAGAAAAUGUGUUAGAAGGCGAUGAGCUACGGACCGACAUCGAAGCAGUGGAGGCUAAAGUCAAGGCUCUUGGUGCUGAAAAUAUUCUUUGUGUGCAUUCUACAACAUCUUGCUUUGCUCCAAGGGUACCUGAUAGGCUGGAGGAACUGGCUGUUAUUUGUGCUAAUUAUGACAUUCCCCAUAUUGUCAACAAUGCGUAUGGAGUUCAGUCUUCAAAAUGUAUGCAUCUUAUCCAGCAGGGUGCUCGAGUAGGCAGAAUAGAUGCUUUUGUUCAGAGCUUGGACAAAAAUUUUAUGGUUCCAGUAGGUGGUGCUAUCAUUGCUGGCUUCAAUGAGUCCUUCAUUCAGGAGAUCAGCAAAAUGUAUCCAGGAAGAGCAUCUGCAUCUCCUUCCUUAGAUGUCCUCAUUACACUUCUGUCUCUAGGUGCCAGUGGCUACAAACAGUUACUGAAAGAGAGAAAGGAGAUGUUUUCCUAUCUUUCAAGUGAGCUGAAGAAGCUGGCAGACAACCACAAUGAGAGACUGUUAGACACACCACAUAAUCCCAUUUCCUUAGCCAUGUCACUGAAGAAUCUAGAUGAAAAUAAUGAUGCUGCUGUUACUCAACUUGGAUCUAUGCUUUUCACAAGACAGGUUUCUGGAGCAAGGGUUGUUCCCUGUGGGUCUGUACAAACCGUGAAUAACUACACUUUUAAAGGCUUUAUGUCACAUACAAAUGACUAUCCCUGUGCUUACCUCAAUGCUGCCUCAGCAAUUGGGAUUAAAAAGGAAGAUGUAGAUGUAUUCCUAAGAAGACUCGAUAAGUGUUUGAAGACUUCUAGAAAAGAAACAAAGAAAGAAGAAAGUGUAAAUGAAAAAAGUAAUUCGAAUACAGGCACAGAACAUCUUGAAGACUAGAAGAUACAGCUUUAGUAACACAGGAAGAUGCGCUGUUUGAAGUAUGUCAGGUUUGUAUUGAGUUAGCAUUGCGAAUCUGCAGUGCAGAAAAUUUAUUCCUGAUCUGAAAACAACAAUAUAAAAAUCUUGGGUGAAAUUCAG